AUGAUCCCUGGAUUGGAAGCAACACUUGAUAGCUGGCGUUCAAAGCCACGAACAUCCAGCGAAUAUACAUAUAUCAUUGAUGGGGAUGUGUCUCGCGUGAAUCUUAAGGCACCCGAUGGGACACUGUUCUUCUUUUCAAACUGUCCAGACAAACCUGAAGGUCCGAACAAAGAACUUUGCCAAGGUAUCAAUCUAGUGAUUGAGUGCUAUGUACUAUACCUCAACUAUGGAAUUGAACGAAUCGAAAUUGAAAAGACUCGUCAAGCUGAGAGCACAAUUUCUAAUCGAAGAGCACCCAAGGUAGCUAAACGGCAAGGUAAGGAAGCCCAUGCACGUGAGAAGGCUCGUAUUGCCAAGGAGAAGGAAAUCGACUCUGCUGCCAAAAUCGAUGCAAGUCUCAAAGCCGCUGCUACAAAACAAGCAGAGAAGGUUCGACUCGCUGCUGAGAAGGAGGCUCAGAAGGCUCGUUUCUCCGCAGAGACAAAAGCAGCGAGAUAUCGCAAGAAGGUGACGGAAAGACUCUCAUGUAAUGCUCGAUCAGAACUGCUCACUACUUGUACCGCUGAUGAUGUUCCCCCUGUGGCUGACGCAGGUGAUGAGAGCGAUAAAGAGCUUACCUUUGAUCUGCAUUCAGAUGAUGAUGCUGAUUUUCUGAAGCGCUCUGCUGCCCUUCGAAUGUUGAUGCAUCAUACUGUGUCAGACCCGGAUAUCGACCAUGCAGAUACUCUGAUCCGGCGAUAUACGAGCGAGUUACUCAGGCAUUACGCCUCGAAUGGCAUCAAACCAAGCCACCAUUAUGCCACACAUAUUGCAAGUUUUACAAAUUACCACGCAGAUGGAGAACCUGAGACGACAUUCGUUUCAGAGUUCCACCGAAUGUGCGAAUCAAAUCGCUUCAUGCCCGAAGAGGCUCUGCCAUGCGAGGUGGCAGAGAAUUUGCUGAAAGCUUCAGCUGAAGGGCGCGGUACAGUUGUAGAUCUUCCAGAUGUAUCUAAAGAGUUAGACAAGGUUAACGCUGACGGGUUUUGUUUCCGCUCACCUCUUACCACUGUAUACUGCCGAUCUGACGGUCCUGUUAUCCCUCAUAGUAUUCCACUUAACCGCGAGGCAACUUUGUUUGACUAUGUUGUUAUCAAAGGCAAGCGGUGUUAUGCAUGA